AUGAUGUUCAAGUCCAACAUCUUGGCUGCUCUCCUGGGAGCUUCCAUGGUCAACGCCCACAUGAUCAUGAGCACCCCGACCCCUUACGGCAAGGACAGUCUCAACAACUCGCCGCUGGCGGCAGAUGGCAGUGACUUCCCCUGCAAGCAGCGUGAUGGCGUCUAUGACGCCCCCUCCACCGAAACCAUCAUCGGCAUCGGCGAGUCCCACGCGCUGUCUUUCGAAGGCAGCGCCACCCACGGUGGCGGUUCCUGCCAGAUCAGUUUGACCGAGGACCUCAAGCCUUCCAAGUCCUCCAGCUGGAAGGUGAUCAAGUCGUUCGAGGGCGGCUGUCCCGCCAACGUCGAUGGCAACCUGGCCGAAGGCUCCGUCGAUCAGGCCCAGUUCAACUUCACCAUCCCCGACGGAAUUUCCUCUGGCAAGUACACCCUGGCCUGGACCUGGUUCAACCGUAUCGGCAACCGCGAAAUGUACAUGAACUGUGCCCCCAUCACUGUCAGUGGAAGCUCGUCCAAGCGCUCUGCCGAUGAACUCGAGAAGCGCGCCGACAGCUUCCCGCCCAUGUUUGUCGCCAAUGUCAACGGUUGCACCACCAAGGAGAGUGUCGAUAUCCGCUUCCCUCAGCCUGGUCAGUAUGUCGAGUACGACGGCAACCCCGAGAACCUCGCCCCUGAAGGCUCCGAUGCUUGCACUGGUACCGCCACCUUCGGUGGCUCUAGCGAUUCAAGCUCCGGCUCCAGCUCCAGCUCUGGUUCAGACUCUGGUUCUAGCUCUGGCUCCAGUUCUGGAUCCUCCGGCUCAUCUGGCUCUUCCUCCGCCGCUGCACAGAACACCCCGGCCGUUGUCGCCUCGUCUACUUUUGCAUCCGCCCCAGCUGCAACCGUCUCAACCGUCCCCGAUGUUGCCGGCCAGGUAGCCUCCAGUUCCGCUGCCCCCGCCCCCGUUGCGACUUCCUCCGGUUCCGAGUCCAGCUCCGGCUCUAGCUCCGGUUCCAGCUCCGGUUCGGGUACCUUGUCGGGUGCCUGCACCACCGAAGGCGAGUGGAACUGCGUCAGUGGCACCUCUUUCCAGCGCUGCGCUGGUGGCACCUGGUCUGCCUCUCAGCAGAUGGCAUCCGGCACUGAAUGUGGUGCUGGCCAAAGCAGCGAGCUCACUAUCACAGCCACCCGCAAGGCACGCCACGUGUCCAGCAUGCGCUUCCGCAAGCGCAACAUUGGCUCCCACCAUGCUUGA